AUGAUUGACAUUGAUGUAGUCCUUGGUAUGAAUUGGUUGUCUGCAAACUGUGUGGUCAUUGAUUGUCAUAAUAAAAAGAUAAUUUUCACAAAAGAGUCAGAACUCCCAAAUGAAUCUUUAUUCUUGUCAACUUCUCAACUUAGGAAAAAUUUGUUAGAUGGAGCACAAGGAUAUGUUCUCUUUAAUCUUUCAGAAGCAAAGGCUAAACCUGAUGCAACCAAUAUCCUUAUUGUCUCUGAAUACCUAGGGGUUUUUCCGGAUGAAAUUCCAGGUUUACCCCCAAACAGAGAAAUUGAAUUUUCCGUUGACCUAAUACCUGGAGUAGGGCCAAUUUCUAUUGCACCCUAUAGGAUGUCACCUGUAGAGCUUGUAGAACUAAAGAAACAAUUAGAGGAACUUCUAUCAAAACAGUUCAUCAGACCAAGUGUGUAA